GAAAAAGAGUCAGUCAUCUUUUAGAAAAAGUCAGAAACCAUAUCAGAAAACAAAUAAAGUUUCUCUUUUAAUCCAACAUAGCCACGAAUCCUCUCACAGGCUCUUCGUUUCUCUUUCUUUCGUUUUGCGUUUUGAAGAAAAAGAAUCUCAACUUUUUGUUCUUGGGUUCUUUAGGGUUCUUGGUACUGAUCGAUAUCCUUAGAAAAUGGGUAAAGCUGCUGGGAGAAACGGUAAUGAAGACUAUGACGGCGUUGGAUUUAAUGGUCACAGAGGCGGUGGAGUUAGGCCUUACGUACGGUCUCCAGUGCCUCGGCUAAGAUGGACGCCGGAUCUCCACCGUUGUUUUGUUAACGCUGUUGAUAUGCUCGGUGGCCAACAUCGAGCCACUCCAAAGCUUGUUCUAAAGAUGAUGGAUGUGAAGGGACUCACAAUUUCACAUGUCAAGAGCCAUCUCCAGAUGUAUAGAGGUUCUAAACUCACUUUGGGGAAACCAGAGGAAAGCUCUUCAUCUUCAAUAAGAAGAAGACAAGACACUGAUGAAGAUCAUCUUCAUGACAACUUGUCUUUACACACAGAGAAUGAUUGUCGUCUGGGUUUUUACCCCUUCCCUCCUUCACAUUCUUCUCUUAGAGGAGGAAGAAGAAAGGAGCAGACUUCAGAGUCUAGUGCUGAUGAUGAUGAUAACUUCCUUCACAUCAAGAAGACGAAAGAAACGACAACGUUUCCGUCAUAUCAUUUCCACAAGCUCAAACAGAAAGCAGAGAAGGAGAAGAACAAUUGGGAAGAACACGAAGAAAAGGAAGAUUUGUCGUUAUCUCUGUCGUUGAAUCAUCAUCAUUGGAGAAGCAAUGGAUCAUCAGUGAGCGAAACGAGUGAAGCGGUCUCCACUUGUUCUGCACCAUCUUCAAAGAUUGCUACGGUUCUUCACCAAAGAUUGAUCUUAACCUUAACCUCUCAAUUUCUCUCCUCGGCAGCUGAAAUUAAUAAAUAA